AUGAUUAUUAUUGUAUAUUUUCAGAUGGAUGCUCUAAUUCAAGAAAUGCAGAACGCAACAACUGGUGUUCCUAUCAAAUGUCAGAAAACAUUUUUAUCUACAAUACCAUCAGUAUUUACAGGUUUUGAUGUGGUUAACUGGCUGAAAAAGAGAUUAAAUAUAGACGAAAAUGACUCAAACGAAGCCGCACAUAUCGCUAAUUUAUUAUGUAAAUUUGGAUAUUUUUUCCCUGUUUAUGAAAGUAAAGUUAUUGUUGUUAAAGAAGAUACAUCAUUAUACAGAUUCCAGUGUCCAUAUUAUUGGCCAUCACAAGCUGUGGAACCUAAUAAUGUUGCUUAUGCAAUCCAUUUAGCCAAAAGAUCUAUGCGAAAUAAACAGAAACAUGGUUUAGAAGAUUAUGAACAGACUGCUUUAACCAAGUUACAGAAGAUGUUAUGUGAUAAAUGGAAGUUUAUAUGUGAUCAGGCUCAAGAGCAAGUCUCGCUGGCCAAGGAGAGGCGUAGAACUGAUAAAGCUAUAUUAGACAGUCAGGAACGAGCUUUUUGGAAAGUUCAUAGACCACCUCCUGGUCAAACAAAAUAUGUGGAAGAUGGACCCAAGAGAAAUUUUCAACCCAGUCAAAUGGCUGCAAGAAAAAGAAAGAAUCGAGAUCUAUUGCAAAAAGAGGUUAUCCAUUGGCGGAAUGCUAUUAACCGAUGUCGUAUGAAAACUUCCACUGCCAUAGAAAGUUAUUUAAGUCGAUUGGAACAAUUUGAAGACAACGAUCCUUUUAUUGCUGGAGUACAGCCCUCUAAUCCAUGGAUAACUGAAGAUACGACAUAUUUUGAUAUGAACAGUGAUACUAUUGAAAUCCCAACUGAACAAAGAAUCAAGAAAUGGUCUGUGAGUUUUCACGAGUUGUUAUCCGAUCCUAUUGGUUUACAAGAAUUUGAGAAUUUUUUAAAGAAGGAAUACAGUCAGGAGAAUAUAAGAUUCUGGGCAGCUUGUGAACAGUUAAAGUUUUGUCCUGUCUCUGAUAUACCUUCUAGAGUGGAGAGAAUAUAUGAAGAGUUCUUAACCAGUGGUUCCUCGCAUGAAGUUAACAUCGAUAGCAAAACAAUGGAAAGUGUUCAAAUAAAUCGAAAAUCCGCAAAACCAAGCAGAUUUACAUUUGAAGCUGCAAAAGAACAUAUAUAUACAUUGAUGAAAAAAGAUAGUUAUCCCAGAUUUUUACGAUCAGACCAUUAUAAAACACUGCUGUCUAAUGCUCUUACACCUUUCUCAAAGAAAAAGUAA